CAUCUCCCUUUCAGGUUUUUACAACGCGCUCAUCGCAAAAGCUCCCAUCGAGCUCCGGGCAGUAGUAUAUAAAGAGCACGAGCACCACCGUUGCUGAGCUGCAGCAACACCAACACCAGACACACACGCCUCAACACGACGACCUACCUCUUCAGUCAUCCGAAGUGCUCGUACGUUCUCUGCUCGGUCAGUGACGACGGCGGUGAGCACACGUCGUGCAGCAGCAGCAGCAACAGAAGCAAGCAAAAGAGAGAGAUGGGCGGCGGCGGUGGGAAGAAGCUGCACAGCUGAUGGCGCGGCUGCACCUGGUGGGUCGGGGCAGCGUGCCGCGGGGGCACUUCGCGGUGUACGUGGGCGAGGCGCGGGCGCGGUUCGUGGUGCCGACGGCGAUCCUGAAGCAGCCGUCGUUCGUGGCGCUGCUGGAGAGCGCGGCGGAGGAGUUCGGCCUCGACCACCACUGCCACCCCGGCGGCCUCACCAUCCCCUCCUGCUCCGAGCGCGACUUCGCCACGCUCGUCCGCACCCUCGCCUAACAAGACCAGCCCGCUGGCUACCCUACUACCAGCAGCUCGGUCGAUCAAUGCUCGCCGGCGCCGCCAUGGAUGGCCGGCCGGCCGGCCGGCAAUGAUCGAUGAGGCGAUGCGCUCCAUGUGGUUGGCUCGUCGCCGGGUC